CGCAAGAGGAAAUGGGCAGCAGGCCGGUAGUGACAUCUCAUUGUGAUUGCACAGAAAAAUUCCUUCCUGCUCCCUGACGAGACCACCCGUCUGCUUCAUCCCUUGCCAGCAAAGCCGGGACCGAGGGAAAGGCUGAGCUCCAGCAGAGGAUGGUCUUCGGCUGCCACCUCCAGUGCUCUCUGCUGGCUUUUAUCCCUUACAGUUUGGUUUUCCAUGUUUGUGAGCUUCAAUCAGCCCCGUUCAGCGUCAAGGGACCCCCUAACCCUGUGGCCACGGCUGUUGGCCAGGACGUGGUGCUGCCCUGCCACGUCUCCCCGGAGCAGAACGUGCAGGACAUGGAGGUGACCUGGUUUCGGGAGCAAUUCACGCCCUUCGUGCAUCGCUACAAGGGGGGCCGGGACCAGUACGGGGACCAGAUGGUUCAGUACCAAGGCCGCACAGAACUGCUGAAAGACGGCCUCACCAAUGGCAGCGUGGACUUGAGAAUUUUCCGUGUCCAGCUGUCUGACAAAGGGCUUUACACCUGCUUUGUCCACAGUGGUUCAGCGUACGACGAGGCUGUGGUGGAGCUGAAGGUGACAGCCAGUGGCUCUGCUCCACGCAUCGUGCUGGAGCGCUACCAGGACGGGGGCAUCCGUGUGGCGUGCCGCUCGGCCGGCUGGUUCCCACAGCCCCAGGUGCUGUGGCAGGACCCCCGCGGGCAGCACCUGCCCUCCCUCUCAGAAAUCAUUACCGAGGACGAGAACGGCCUCUUUGCAACAGAGAGCAUCCUCAUCCUCACCAGGAGUGCAAGCCAGGAGCUGGCUUGUGUGGUCAGACCUGCCCUGCAGAGCCAGGAGAAGGAGUCCUCUUUGUACAUAUCAGAUCCCUUUUUCCAAAAUGCCCAUCCUUGGAAAAUUGGCCUGGGUGUGGUCCUGGUUGCUGUGUUCACUCUCUUCAUCAUCGCCGUUUAUCUAUUUAGAAUGAAAGGACGGCAUGAGAAAAAAAUAGCAAUGCAAGCAGCAGCACUGCGGAGACAAGCUGAGGAGCUUGAAUGGAGAAGAUACUCAGUGCCUAUUGAAAAUGUGAUGGUGGUUCUGGAUUCAGACACAGCCCACUGCGACCUUGUCCUCUCUGAUGACUGCAAAAGCGUGAAGCGAGCAGACAAGCUGCAGAACAUCCCCAGCCUCCCUCAGAGAUUUGACCCGUGGCGCUGCGUGCUGGGCUGCAAGGGCUACACCUCAGGGAGGUACUACUGGGAGGUGGAGGUGGAGGAUGGAGGAGGAUGGGCCGUAGGGGUCUCUCGAGAAGAUGUGAAGAGGAAGGGCGAGAUUCAGUUCAGCCCAGAGGAGGGCAUCUGGGCAGUGGGGAACUGGGCAGGGCAGUUCGAAGCUUUCACGUUCCCUGAGCACACUCUUCUUCAUGAAAGCCAGGCUCCCACACGGGUCCGGGUCUCUCUGGAUUAUGAAAUGGGCCGGGUGGCAUUUUUCAGUGUUGAUGAGAAGAAUCCUAUCUUCACAUUUCCACUGGUAUCAUUCGAUGGGUUCAAAGUCCACCCAUGGGUCUGGCUGGGUCCUGGUACGUGGCUCAAAAUGUGUCCCUGAUGAAGGGAAGGGAGAAAGAGAAGACUUCAUAUGGCACUGCCAUAGUUCAUAGACUCAUAGCAAGAUGGAGGUUGGAAGGAACUUGUAGAGGUUUCCACUGCAAUCUCCUGCUCACAGCAGAGCUAACUUCAAAGCUACUUUAGGUAGCUUUGGGCUUUGUUCAGAUGAAUUUAGUAUCUCCAAGGGUGGAGAUUGUGUUACCUCUGUGGACCCAGGGCUGCACCUCCCUCAUGGGGAAGACAGAAUCCUUUAUACAAGAUGACUUUCCCUGAUUGCAGCUUGUAACUCUGGCCUUUCAUCCUCUUUCUCUACCUGUUGAGCAACACUUCCAGUGAAAAGAGACACUCCCUCAGCGGGGACUGUUUGUAAAAAGUACAGAAUAAAGUUAUUUUAGUGGGA